CAUUCCCAAGCCGAACGCCAACAACAGCUGCCGUCUCUCCACAGACAGACAGAAAGAAAAAAAAAACACGCUCUACACUCACACACAGUCACGAUCAGCCGCAGCGAUCAACGAUCUACGAUAACGAGCAGCUGUUUUGGGCCCGUUGUUGUCAGCAGUGUCAGUUAUCUGGCCGCAUCUCGCUUCUCGCAAAUUUCCAUCAGUCGCCGACGUCGACGCAGCAGCCGCAGCAGCAACUUCUCCCAGCUUCGGCGCGCCCGCAAAGGCAACAAGUGCAAAAGUGAAGUGAACUCCAAAGACACGAGUGCGCGAAAAAAAAUACGAAUACGAACACGAAUCGAAUUCGCUCGUUCGUUCGUAACUCUCUCUCACUCUCUCAGUCUGGCAAACUCUCUCGGGUCGCAUUCGGCUUUGAGUUCGUGUCGUCGCUCUGCCUUCGUGUUUGGCUCGCGCGCCGCUUCACUCGCAUUGUAAAUUACUUGCAAAGUUAAUUUUAGUCUCGGCUUUUAAUACCGUUUUAGUGCGUUUUCGAGUUGGUCGUGUUUUUUGUUACCAACAAACCAAAAAAAAAAAAUAAAAAAUAACUAAUUGAAAAAUUCCAAAAACACAAAAUAAUAAUCAAAAUAUUACAAAUUUUUGAAUGAAACAAUAAUUUCAACAACAAAACCAACUACACAAAUAUUCUGUGUGCUAAAACUUUAACAUUUUUUCAACGAACAUAUUUUUUUUGCGGUUUUUUUUUUCUUAAAUUUGAUUUGAAUUAAACGCGACAAUAAGACUCUAUUUUUUUUGAUUCCUCAAAUUGGAAAUUAAACGGAAAUGUAAGCUACUCGCCCCCGCCAAACCCGAGCCUCGCUUCCUGUAAAUUAAGAACAGUUUUUUUUUAUCGUCGUUUGAUCGCCGCAAUUACAUAACUUUCAACUGCAAGUACAAAAUACAUAAAAUUCAGCAACAAAAAUAAAAAUAAAGCAAAAACAAUUAAAAUUUAAAUCAAAGAAAUAAAUUAAAUUUCAUUUGAAACGAACAAAAUAAUAUCGUAAACAAUUUAAAACAACAAUCAAAAAGCCAAUCGAGACGGAAGUGUUUUUUUUACAAAGCGGCGCAUCCUGUUUGAGCUUUUCACACACACACACACACAGACAGACAGACAUAAAUACGAACUCUGAUACACACGCACACAGAAGUAACUGGCUGGCUCUCUUUGCGUAUAAGAGUUGUGAUCACGCAAAACAUUUACAUCGUCCAAUUUGAGAUUGACUGAGGGCCCCCGUAAAAUUCUCCCCCAAAAUUCCCCACACAGAGAAACAAGUAACUAGAAAAGACAAAAAGACAGCAGACAGAACGUGUUGAGUGGUACAAAAAACUAACAACAACCAAAAAGCCAGCAAAAUGACUGGUUUUACCAAUGCCGGCUUUGAAAACGAUGAGCCCCACAAGCCAAAAGCUGGUUUCGAGCCCGACACCGCCUCGCUGCGAGAGAAAGUUGUGCUGAAUCCGGGCGAGAAAUGGCGCAUCUUAAAGAAUAUCUCGAUCAUCUCGAUAGCGUUUAUGGUGCAGUUUACCGCGUUUCAGGGCACUGCCAAUCUACAAUCGUCGAUCAAUGCCAAGGAUGGCCUGGGCACCGUGUCGCUGAGUGCCAUCUAUGCGGCGCUGGUUGUCUCUUGCAUCUUCCUGCCCACGCUGAUCAUUCGUAAGCUGACGGUUAAAUGGACGCUCGUUUGCAGCAUGCUCUGCUAUGCGCCGUACAUUGCCUUCCAGCUGUUUCCGCGCUUCUACACUUUGGUGCCCGCGGGCAUCUUGGUGGGUAUGGGUGCGGCGCCCAUGUGGGCAUCGAAGGCCACAUAUCUGACACAGGUGGGGCAGGUGUAUGCUAAGAUAACAGAACAGGCUGUGGAUGCCAUAAUUGUGCGAUUCUUUGGCUUCUUCUUCCUGGCCUGGCAAUCCGCUGAGCUCUGGGGCAAUCUCAUCUCCAGCUUGGUUCUUUCUAGCGGCGCACAUGGUGGCGGCAGCAGUGGUACCAACUCGACCAUCAGCGAGGAUGAUUUGAUGUAUUGCGGUGCCAACUUCUGCACCACCGGCAACGGCGGUCACGGCAAUCUGGAGCGCCCGCCAGAGAACGAGAUCUUUGAAAUCUCGAUGAUCUAUUUGUCCUGCAUUGUGGCAGCCGUCUGCAUCAUUGCCUUCUUCCUCGAUCCCCUGAAACGUUACGGUGAGAACCGCAAGGGUUCCAAUUCCGCUGCCGAAUUGUCCGGCCUCCAGCUGCUCUCGGCCACAUUCCGCCAGAUGAAGAAACCCAAUCUGCAGCUGCUCAUCCCCAUCACCAUAUUCAUUGGCAUGGAACAGGCGUUCAUUGGUGCCGAUUUCACUCAGGCCUAUGUCGCCUGUGCUUUGGGUGUGCAUCAGAUUGGCUUCGUCAUGAUCUGCUUUGGUGUGGUGAAUGCUCUCUGCUCGAUACUCUUUGGCUCUGUGAUGAAGUACAUUGGACGCUUGCCCAUCAUUGUGCUGGGCGCUGUGGUGCACUUUACCCUCAUCUCCGUGGAGCUCUUCUGGCGCCCCAAUCCCGACAAUCCCCUCAUCUUCUACGCCAUGUCCGGUCUGUGGGGUGUCGGUGAUGCCGUAUGGCAGACGCAGAUCAACGGUCUGUACGGUCUGCUCUUCAGGCGCAACAAGGAGGCUGCCUUCUCCAACUAUCGCCUGUGGGAGUCAGCUGGCUUUGUGAUCGCCUAUGCAUAUGCCACAACGCUUUGCACCCGCAUGAAGUUGUACAUUCUGUUGGCUGUGCUGACGUUGGGUUGCAUUGGCUACGUCAUCGUUGAGAUUCUCUACAGAAAGAAGCAACGCAAGAUCAAGAAGCAGGAGCGAUUGGAGGCAGCAGAGAAGGAGAAGGAGGCGGCUGCUGCUGCGGCGGCAGCAGAGGCCAAUGCCGCCUUUAAUGAUGGCGUCGAGGAGACAGACGAUGAGCUCGAUGAUCUCGAAGAAGAUAUUGUAGUCACGCGCCUGUAAUGACUACAACCCGCUCCCCCUUCCCCUCCAACCUAUAUACACACACACACACACAACCCCACUACACUCCGUAUUUUGUUAAUUGUUGUACGUUCUUUUUGUUUAAUUUUUGCCGUCGCCGUCGUUGCGGCUGCGCCAUCGCUGUUAACCGUUAACUGUUAACUGUUGAGCAUGUUAACAGUCGCAACGCUUAACAGUGCAGUGCACAGUUUACAUUACACUGUUAACGCACACACACACAACAACAACAGCGCUUUAACAUACGAAGCCGAAAACUGACGAAAUAGUCCAUAGAGUUGCUGAAGAUGAAGCACAAACAGUUUGCGAGUAAGAAAAGUAACAAAUUAUGAAAAUGAAACACACACACACACACACAACCAUGCAGAAGAAACUGUUGCAUAGCCAUAGGCGCACAUCAAUUUCGAUUUGUCGUCGGCCAAUUUCGACGACGUGUACGAACUUUAUUUUUUCUUGUCGUUUCUAGUUGUCGUAGUACUUAGUACAUUCCCCCCCUCCCCGAAAACACAAAGCAAAACAAAAACAGAAAACCAUUUUCAAACCUAAAAAAAAAAAAGAAGAAAAAAACGAAAUGGCCAAUUAACCAUGCACCAAGCACUUUGUGUGUGCGUGUGUGUGUGUGUAGAUGUGUAUACGUGCGUGUGCGUGUGUGUUGCUAUGUACAGUUUAAGUGUGUGCGUGUGUGUUUUGCAUAACUUUAGUUUGUAUAUAGUUUGCAAGGAGAGAUGAAGUGCGACGACAGAGGGCGCUUUUAAGUUAAUGUAGUGUGAUUUGCAAGCAAUUGUGUGUUAGUCUAGCUCUAAGUACACGCACACACAUACACAGUCUCACUCACACACACUCAUACACGCAUACACUGAGACAGACAGACAGAGAGAGAGAGAGAAAGAUGCACCAACACCAACGCACACAAUGACAACAUGCUGCAGCAGUAUGUGUGUCAAUAUGCCUAAUAAAUUGUUAUUUUAUUUUAAAUAUUAGCAUUAAAUCUAUAUGUAUAACUAUUUUUUUUGAUUUUUUCUCUUGGUUGCUGCUAACAUAAACAACAAAAAACAAAACAACAACAAACGUGAUAAUGAAACACACAAACACACACGCACACAUACAUGCAUAAGUUAAUGCACACACACAACACACACAGAGUCACAAAAUAGUCAAAUUUCUAAACUAAAAAAACAAACUGGCCGCAAAACUUUAAUCUUAAAUACAAACAAAAAAAUUAAAUAAUACAAUUAAUGUUAAGCAGUCGAAAACAAAAAAAAAAACAAACAAACAAAAAAGAUAACAAAAGAA